AUUGACCCCCCCCCACUCCUCCUCGCUCUGUACCUGUCGCUAUAUUGUCACUGAUGUUCUUGUUUAACAAUUCAGUGAGAUAUUUUCCCUGAAAAUGGCUGUUUGCAUUGCAGUAAUUGGCAAAGAAAAUUCCCCGAAGUACAUAAAAUGUGCCUCUGAAGACAUGGCCCUGCAGUUUCACUAUAAAAUUCACACAUCGAUCGAUAUAAUCGAAGAAAAAUUAAAUAUGGGCAACAAGGCAGCAACUGACAGCCGUGAAUUAUUCCUGGGACUUCUUUACUCUACAGAGGAACACAAAAUAUUUGGCUAUGCUACGAAUACAAAAGUGAAAUUUGUGGUGAUCUUGCAGUCCUCAAAUGCGUCUUUCCGAGAUAAUGAUGUGAGAAUGAUUUUCAGGAAGCUUCACGUUACAUAUUCCAAUGCAGUUUGCAAUCCUUUUGACAUUGCAGGAAAUCAAAUCAAAUCAAGAGCAUUUGAUUCAUCAGUGAAUGAAAUAAUGGGACUGGCAUAAUCUCUUAUUGUAGCAAUACUCUUUUUUGUAAAUAAAAUCUCUUUAAACUAAAA